AUGACUGCGGAUGCACGUGAUUUGGCUGAGGACGUUGCUGACAUGACUGAGGAUGUCCCUGAUCUGGUUGAGGAGGCACCUGAGAUGCGUGCGGACGUACAGGGUGUUGAUGGUGCUGAGGGGUCAGAUGCUGAUGAUGCUGAGGGAUUCCCUAGUGGGCCACGUGACCCGUCAGUGCUGACAUCAUUUGCGGACCAUGUUGCACACGCUAAACGUUCUGAUUUGAAGUUGGUGUCACAUGGGAGGAAGGUGACAUUGAUUGUGAGGCCAGUGCCUGAGAUUGAAGGACUGGUUGGUGCCACAAGAUUAAGUCCACUGAUGGAUUGUUCAGUUGUUACUGAAGAGGCGAUAUUUUUGCUGACAGAGUUGCUUGAGGUGUCUGCCGAGGAGGCUAGAGCCGAGACAACACUGACACGUGAGACAUACGUACAACUAGGAUGGGUUCGAGACAUUUAUGAGAUGAGAUGUCAGGUCCGGCGGUGGAUUGUAGCAGCUCGUGUUUAUCUGCUGCACCUGGUCGGUUGCAUUCUUUUUGCUAAUAAGAGUGCAACAUACAUGCAUGUGGUUCACCUAGAUGCUUUUCGUGACCUCGGUCAGAGUGGUGGUUAUGCUUGGGGAGUUGUCGCGCUGUGCUGGAUCUAUGAGCAUUUCCCUAGUGUGCAGCAGUGCGUGACAGAUGAUACAUACCAGGAGACGUCCCCAAGUGCUUCUCGGGCCUUUGAGGUGAUUUCAUCAUUCCAGGGUCAGCUGAGAUGGGGUCCUAUGGUGGUCACAGCUCGACCGGAGAGAUUGGUACGACAGUUUGGUUACAUUCAGAGCAUUCCUCCGCCCUCUGUUAGUGCUCGAUUGUCACACGAUGAUAUAGAUGACAACUAG